AUGUCGCAAUCCCGUGGAUCUGUAGGUGGUAGUGUGCUGCAGGAUCCCGUAUAUGCGCUAUACACAGGCCAGGUUUAUGAGCAAUUCCAGAGAAUCGCUGCUCGCCUUGCCGUCCUCUGCCUCCUUGUCUUGUGGCUGCUGUCGCUGGGCCCAGGAAGCGCCUAUGUUCAACGCCUACGAUCUAAACGCUGCAUCAGUCAUAUUUCAAGGCGAUGUGUGACAGUUUCUGCUGCGGAAGGUCAGCCAUCGGUGCCAUUCUCAACUGGCGAUCAAGAGCGAGAAAAUCACGUUGGAAAUGAUGCUCCCAAUCUCACUGCAUUUGGCCUUCCAGAUGCAGCACGUGAUGACCAUAACACGUCAGAAGAAGGGGUGGCGACGGUAGAUGGUACAUCUCAACAAACGCCCUGCUAUCUACGCCACGAACCCGUGCUCCUGCAGGAGACGUUGGACCUGCUGGUGACAAAUCCCGAUGGGCGCUAUUUAGACGCUACUCUAGGAUAUGGAGGUCACUCUGAGGCCAUCUUGGAGCGCCUUUCGGAUAAGGGCUCCUUGGUGGCGCUGGACCGCGAUCCCGAGGCCGUCUACUACACUGGCCGUCGGCUAAGCGCAUACGUGGAUUCUGGGCAGAUGAGGCCGGUGAUAGGGACCUUCAGUAACCUGAAACGCGUCUUGGAAUCGCAUGCCCUGCCCCUGACGGGGUACACUGGCAUUGUAGCUGAUCUUGGCCUUUCCACCCACCAGCUGGAGAGCGCAUGUCGCGGAUUUUCUUAUAACACCGAUGGUCCUCUUGACAUGCGGAUGUCGAACCCUUUGCACGAUCCUUUCAGCACAGCCAGACCUACGGGUGUAGACCUGGCGUCGUCCCUGGGGGCUUCUAACACGGCUUUCAAGAUUGUUAAUAAGGCCAGGGAGAAUGAACUUGCUCACAUUCUGAAAGCAUACGGUGAAGAGGUUCGUGCAGCGGUGAUUGCUCGUCGUAUCGUUGACAUGCGUAGCCGCAAGGGUCGGAUAUCUACAACUAAAGAACUUCGUGAUAUCGUGGUUAGCUGCGUGCGCGGUAACCACAAAGCCGCAAUGAAGGUGCUUUCGCGAGUUUUCCAGGCCCUGCGCAUAUACGUCAACGACGAGUUAUCUGAGCUGCAGAGCCUUCUGGAGUUUGCACCGUCUCUGCUGCACCGCAAGCACGGCAGGUUUGUGGUCAUAUCGUACCACUCUCUGGAGGACCGCGCUGUUAAGCGCGCGUUUGCUGGCCUGCAAUCAGCCUCCGAACUGUCUCCGGACUCGAGCGUCUACCGAGUGCUGACCAAGAAGUGUGUGACGGCCGGUUCUGCAGAGAGCAAGGCCAACCAGAAGUCGCGCUCCGCCAAGCUGCGCUGCCUGCAGCGGUCUCGGCAAAUGACAAAAGAGUGA